AUGACCUUACCUUUAAAUUUUAUAAGAUGCCAUAAAUCUACAAUGGAUAAUAGACACUUGGCUCAAUUAUUCGACAAUAAUAAUUUAAUGUUUGGAUUGCUACAAUACCACAGAUAUGUUCAACAAGUAGUUGUUUCUAUUGGUAUGAACGAUUCUGAUGUCACUAGCGAAAGUGAUGAUGAUUUAAAUGAUUCAACAUACUAUAUCAACUAUAUAAGACUUAAAGAUCGAACAUUCAAAGAACACUUCAGAAUGCACAAGCAUACAUUUGAAAUUAAAGAUGCAUUUUUAUUGGCCAGUGGUUAUCCAGGAAUAGUUGGUGCAAUUGAUGGAUGCUAUAUUCAAAUUAAACAACCACGUGGCGAUAAACACUAUAGAUACAUAAAUAGGAAAAAAGAUUAUGCUGUCAUCAUACAAGGAGUGUGUACUUAUAAUAAAAGGCUACUGGACGUCCAUAUUGGAGAAGUAGGCAGUAUGCACGAUGCUCGAGUGUUCUGUAGAAGUGAACUAUCAAAUAGUUUAUCAAGAUUGUUGGAUCCAGAUGAGCAUAUUGUUGGAGAUUCAGCAUAUCCAAUAAGUCCCCACAUGAUGGUGCCAUACAAAGACAAUGGUGUAUUGACCGCAAAACAAAAAACCCACAACAACAAACUUAGCAAGGGAAGGGUAAAAAUUGAAAACACGUGGGCACAACUAAAAGGGAAAUGGAGACGUCUAAAGUACUUAGACAUGGAUAGAAUGGAUUAUGUUGUGGAUCACAUUUGUGCAAGCUGUGUUUUACAUAAUGUUGCUCUUGACGGUUCGGAUGAUGAGUAUGUUGUAGAAGAAAAUGAAGAGAUUGAUGUGUUUGAGGAGAGAGAUGUAGAUUUGGAAAGAAUGAAACGAGAAGGUCAAAUUAAGAGGGAUAGGUUGGCUGAUUUAUUACAUAAUAACUAA